GCCAAUUACAUGCUAUAUUGCUACAUUGCUCUAUGAAAAUAUAAUGAAAUGAAAUAAUGAACAUAAAAGUAACAGCCUGUGAUGGAGAGGUAGUUGCUCUUGGCCGCUGAGGAGAUGGCCGUGCGAGUCCAGGGUUUUGGAAUGGGGCUGCUGGGGCUACUGCUGUUGCUGAGUGCUGGGCCCUGGGCCAAGGCCGGGAAGGUGCUGGUGCUGCCCAUGGAUGGCAGCCACUGGCUCAACAUGUGGGAGGCUGUGUGGGAGCUCCAUGCCCAGGGACACCAGGCGGUGUUGCUCACAGCAGAGGUGAAUAUGCACAUCAAAGGAGAGGACUUUUUCACCUUGAAAACAUAUGCUGUUCCCUACACCCAGGAGGAAUUCGAUCAAAUCAUUGUGGACUACGUUCAAAUUAUAUUUGAAAGACAACAUUUUCUGAAGACAUUUUUUCAAAGUAUGGCAGUGUUCAAAGAUUUGUUUGUCAUGUGUUACAGGUCUUGUAGCACGCUAAUGUAUGAUAAGACCCUGCUAGGACUCCUGAAUGCCACGUCCUUUGGUGUGAUUUUAACGGAUCCAGCUUUCCCUUGCUGGGCAGUGCUGGCCAAGUACCUGUCCAUUCCCACUGUGUACCUUGUAUGUUUCCUUCCACGUGACUUGGACUUUGAGGGCACACAGUGUCCAAACCCUUCCUCAUAUAUUCCUCAGUUACUAACAAGGAAUUCAGACCACAUGACAUUCCUGCAAAGGGUCAAGAACACAUUCUACAUUCUGUUCCUGAGGUACAUUUGCCAUGUUUAUUAUUCUCCUUAUGCAAGUCUGGCCUCUGAGCUUUUUCAGAGACAGGUGUCAUUGGUGGAUAUCCUUAGCCAUGGGUCCGUGUGGCUGUUUAGAGAGGACUUUGUGAUGGACUACCCCAGGCCAAUCAUGCCCAACAUGGUCUUCAUCGGGGGCAUCAACUGUGCCAACGGGAAGCCCCUAUCUCAGGUCUGUAUUGGCGCCUUUAUCCAACCAGUGUUCUGGGCAGAGCACAUGUUAAAAUUUAUUUAUUUGAAAAGAUUUUUAGGAACAGGCCUGGCUAGAGCACAGGAGGUCGGAGUGGUGAAUAAAGACUCUGACACUCAGCUACUGUCAGGACGAUCGCUGAUGAGGCUUCAAACAGGCAGAUACUCUGACCAGCAUAAAGACGUGCAGAGAGAAUGCCGCCCCAAUCCAAGGUCCCACGAGGCUUUUUACUGUGUUUCAACAAUCAUUCAUAAUCAUAGCAUUGGCUGA